AAACGUUUUUUGCCGUUUUUCAAAGUUAACAAAAUGAUAAACAGGUCAAUUGCAAGCCGGCCGCUAAAGCGAUAUUUGUAGGAGCUGCGUAUGUUACGUGUCCAACGUUAAAAAUGUUUUAAAAGACUCAAACCACAACACGUAAGGGUCAUUAAAUAUAUGAUGUAAAAAGGAUAAUUCUACCCCAUGGAUGAGGUGACGAUGCAAGUCCCAAAAACCGUGUGUAAAAAUGCAAGAUUAAUAUACAAAGUAUUCACUAAUUUUCUAUAGUAUAUAAUAUUAUAGGUCUCCAAAAAAAAUGUAAUGCAUAGAAAUUAAUUUUAAGCGUAACUUGGAGUUUUUAGAAACUUGAAUUCAGAAAAGAGUAUCAAAUUAAAUAAAGCUCCUCUCAUUUGAGAUUUAUUGAUUUAGAAAAUUCCCACUCGUGAUUGUUCGAAUUAUAUGUUCAUUUUCUAAAUGUUAUCAGGCUGUGAACAAAUGUACCAUUAUAUUUUAAAUACAAAAAAUGUUAAAAAUAACGAUAACGUUUCUAUCUGUUUACAACAUAAAACUUUUUUGAAGAAUAAAAACAAAUGUUUUAAUAUGUAAUAUAGCGAGAGAACAAACUUGGUAUGUCUUGGAAUGGUAAAGUAUAUGUUUUAAAAUGACAAGUUUGCGAUAAAUAGUUUCAAUAUGCGAUGAAAGAUGGAGGAUUCAGUGAAAUCAAUUGAGACACACAUCCCAUAAUAUGAUGUCAAGCAAUAUCCUUUAAAGAUUUAGGAUGCGAAUGUCUUCUCAUAGUUUUAAUAGCAAACAAACCACAAGUUAUGGGCGGCAUAACAAAAAUAAAACAUAAAAAGCAUGAAUAAACAAGAAAUCAAAAUAUAGAUUUAGACGUUUUAGUGUCUAAAGAAAAAGUAUUAAAGAUAAUAAAACACACAUUAAGCUUCCAUGUCUCUCUACUCUAUGUUUGAACGCCAAUACUCAUGGUUUCAAUUGCAUAAUUUAUAAUCACAUCUUUUUUGACAUGCAAAAUUAGGAUUAGUAGCAUCACAUGAGCGGUCGCUUUAAAUCAACUCACGUAUGUAACAACAGAUAACAAAGCUAGAAACAGGAAUCCCUCACUGAAUAAACAGAGUCGCCGUUUGUUUUUUUUAGUGAGGGAAUUCCUGUUUCUCAACAUCACGAACCUUCAAUUUCUAACACGUUUUAGGGUGUGGUACAACAAUAACUUGGAUUAAGUGGUUUUUCUUUUAAGCACGUUAUUCAACAUCAGCAAGGAAUGCAGCUAUUUUUGAACUGAACUUCCUUUUACGUUGUCCAUAUAAAUAGUUGUAUGAGAACGAUGGGUAAUAGCAACUUUAGAAAAAAAAAAGAAAAGAAUGUUUUAUUCUCUAAAAGAAGAAUACUGCUUUCCAAAUCAUGCAUCUUCUUUUUCUCCUCUUUGUUAGUUGUCUGGCAGCAUGCGUGGGAAAAAAUAUGAAAAGAUUCCAAGUCAUUGCCAAAGAGAAUCUUAUAUAAAGAACUAUGCAAAUAAAGGGAAAACAUUACUUGCAGAAGAUAUUGAACUGUUAAAAAAUUGUACCCAGUGUUUCCUAGAAUGCAAAGGUUAUUUCGGCACAUUCGAAGCCAUGUAUGUGAUGAGUAAAAAGAAAGGAUGCUUGGGAUAUUACUUACAAGUUCAAAAUGAUAUCGAGUCAAAUGUCAAAUAUUUCGACUUUUACAGCAAGAAAACAAAGAUCAAGCGUAAUGUGUACGCACGCCUCGGGUUUACCUACAACUUUACAAUAAUUUCAUUGCAAGAUGGAGAAUCGUCAAACUUAAAAGCAAAAGCUCCCAGUUCUUGCGAGCUACAAGUUCUCGAAAGAAUUGCUAAACGAUUAUCGAAAGAAAACGAAUUCUUUAAGGGCUGUCCAGUUCAAAAUUACCCUUCAAGAAAAGUUACUGCAGAAAAGAUAUGUAAUAUGCACCCUGAAGAUGCUUUAAAACGUGUGGUAAUGACGUAAUGUUGGUUGAGAAGAAAUGCAAGUUGACUCUGUUGGAACAAAACUUUCUAGCUACUGCUGAUUCAUAUCAUUGAGACAGCUUAAUUUAUUUAACAACUGAACAGGGUGAAGUGUUUCAGAACCUAACACAUUUUACGUUGCAUCUAAUUUAAUUAAGAUCAGAUGGUGUUAUAGUGAUUUUGAUAUUUCUUCACAGAUGUAUCAAACAUUUGAUAACCAUAUAACCGAUCUGAAGUCUGUACGUCAAUUGGCGAAUCAACUCCAUUAAGAAGGUUUUCUCUCUUUUUAAGAACUAAAUAAAGUUUGCGUUGUUUACCUCCUGGAUUUUUUUUCAUGAAAUUUUUAUAAUAGCUUCUUGCAUUACAUCUUUUAACCAAUUCGUGUGCUUUUAACAUACUGCUAUUUCUAUACCACGUUGUAUUAUUAUAAAUGCGGUCAUAAUUUCCUUUUGCAAAUUAGAAGCGGUUUGGUUUUUUUAAAAAUCGCAAUCGGGAAAUUUGACCACGCUAAAAACAUUCAAUUUGUUCAUAUUAUAAAAGCCUGUCUUAAAAAUUUAGGAUGAAACUGAGAUACCUUUCUGUCAUCAAGACAAUCCUACGUGGAAAUAUCGGUCAUAAAUUAAUUGGGU